UUUCAAGUUUUGGUGUUUUUCUCAUUUCUUAUUCAGUUCAAAAAAAUGUCUUCUUCUGAUAAGACCAAAAAAACUACCGGCUCCAAAGCCACAUCCGACAAUGCAAAAGUGGAAAAAAAAUCUACCGACCCCAGGCCUACGUCCGGCAAAUCAAAGGAAGGAAAGUCAAAUGGUGGAAAAUUUAAGGGAGGAAAAGUCAAGGGAAAAUCGUUGUCUCGUUCGAAGCGUUCUGGACUCGUAUUCCCAGUCGGUCGACUUGAACGAUACAUGCGGAAAGGCAAUUAUGCUGAACGUAUUGGUUCCGGUGCAUCGGUGUAUUUUGCUGCUGUGCUGGAAUAUCUAACCGCUGAGGUACUGGAACUGUCUGGCGAUGCAGCUCGUGAUAAUAAGCGAUCAAGAAUUACUCCACGUCAUUUGCAGCUGGCUGUUCGAAACGACGAUGAGCUCAAUACACUUCUGUCCAAUGUUACCAUUUCACAAGGUGGUGUGUUGCCGAACAUCCAACCAGUGCUACUGCCAAAGAGUACCAAAUAAUAUUUUGUGCUGAAAAAUACAAGAGAUUAAACCCGAAAA